GCGUUACUAAGCAACGCACCGAGCCGCUAUAAAGAGGACAGGAGGGCGCACGAGACGACAAGAAGUUGCAGAAGCAGAGCGCGCGGACAGCUUUCGGGAAACUGCGUUCUGACGCACGCGCGCGCGCUAUGGACUAAAGCCUUUAGAUCUGAGAGGAAGAGCAGCGCGCGCUGAAGUCAGUGUUCAGUCCGGCUCCUCUGCUUGUGUUGCGGUUCCUCUGACAGCGCGCGGCAGCAUGAAGCUCCUGUUUUUCCCGCUGCUCAUCAUGGCGCUGAUCGGCGACGCUCAAGUUUUGUGCCAACAAGUAGAACCGAAAGAAGCAGCAGAUUACUGGACGAGCGGCAGCCAGGUUCAGGAGGACUGGCUCUCCAACGACCCAUUCAGAGAAAUCCUCCUGAGGAUGACGAGAAAGCCGCGGCCGCACCAGUUCAUCGGGCUGAUGGGGAAGCGCUCCAUGGGACAUAAAAUCAACUCAUUCGUUGGUCUGAUGGGGAAACGGAGCCAAGAAGAAGCAGAGCCCUACCAGUGGAGCACAGCACAGAUGGACGAGCAGCGGCGCUAAGCAGCCAGUCUUCACCUACCGGAGGCGACCAGAUGCUGGCUUUCUUUUUCUUCAACGUGUGUUUAGUUGUUAGUCCAAUAAAAUGAUUGUUUCCAUGUCGUAGUGAUGUAGCAGCGCUCUGCCUGUGCUGGUUUCCUCUGGGGGACGUGAGGAAGGGGAACGCUGCCAUGAUUGUCGUAAUAAGUGGUCUCUGGGUGGGUUUCCCUCCAUCUGCCAUGCCUCAGUCCAUAAAUGUUGUAGUGGACCAUCCAAGCCGAGCUAAACCCCCCCGGGUUCGCUGAAAGUUGCACUGCCAACUCCUCUGCAUUGUUCCUUGUAGCGGUUUGUUCCUUUAUGUUGGGGGGGGGGGGAUGUGUGUCACAGUGAACUUCAAGAUAUUAAAAUUAUUUUCUGUAAUUGUUGA